UCCUGCAUCCCGCUUUCUUGCGAGACAACAAAGAACUUUAGCCCCACAGUCUACAACAUAUGUAUGUGUAUAAAAGCUCUGAAUCUUAACCUUAAAAACAAAAAAUACCCAAAUGUAACAUCAGCCUAAUAUGCGGUGCUUGUAUACCUUUUAUAGAUAUUUGCAUUGAAAAACUAAAUUCAGGCUUCAUAAGCAGUGUUUGGAAUAGUUAAGGCCAAUGAAUGAAACUAUGAACUCCACACGGAGGGCAGAAAAAAGCUCUAUUAAUUGGGCUCCAAUUUUUGCCUACAUAUUAAGUAAGGAGGCUUGACCCAAGAUGUAGAAGAAAAUAAAAGUGGGGAGAUAAAAGUUGAAGGACCUGAUGCCACAGAGGUUCUAGACCAGCACUACGCAGUCAUGAAUGAACAGGUGAGACUCUGCGACCUUGUUGCAGUGUAGCUUCUGAUUCGGCUUCUGAAUGUGGCCUGGGACUUGGCAUUCACAUAAGCUCGUGGGCAAUGUUGAUCCUGCUGAUCCACAGACCACACUCUGAGUAGCCAGGCGAUGAAGGGGGGCAGCUGCUUUGGGACGAGGAUUACAUUUCCAGCGAGUAGCGGUAGCAAAGGAAGGAUGAAAGCAUUUAAAACUCCCCAACUGAGGCAAUGAUAUAAGGGGCAGUACUUUAUUAAUCCAUUCACCUGAAAUCGAAGGCAACCACAUUUCUGUGCCAUCAAAGUGAUGGUAAUUGAACGUUGAUUUUUUUCCCCCCCUCUCUUUCCUGGUAGUGGUUUCAUCCACAUGGAAUCAGGAAAUCAAACGCGUGCUUCGGAAUUUCUCCUCUUGGGAUUUUCAGCAAAGUCAGAUAUUCAAUUUGUGCUCUUUGGGCUGUUCCUGUCCAUAUACUUGGUCACGGUCACUGGGAAUCUGCUCAUCAUCCUGGCCAUCUGCUCUGACUCCCUCCUCCACACCCCCAUGUACUUCUUCCUUUCCAACCUGUCCUUGGCUGACAUCUGUUUUACCUCCACUACUGUCCCGAAGAUGCUCUGGAACAUCCAGACUCAGAGCACAAUCAUAACAUAUAAAGGCUGCCUCAGCCAGAUUUUUUUUUUCAUUGUGUUUGGAUGCCUGGACAACUUACUCCUGACCGCGAUGGCCUAUGACCGCUUUGUGGCCAUCUGUCACCCCCUGCACUACUCAAUCAUCAUGAACGGCCAGUUCUGUGGGCUGUUGGCAUUGGGAUCCUGGUGCCUCAGUAUCAUGGGUUCCCUGCUCGAGACCUUGACCCUUUUGAGGCUGUCCUUCUGCACAAACAUGGAAAUCCCACACUUCUUUUGUGAUCUUCCCGAAGUCCUGAAGCUUGCCUGUUCUGACACCUUCGUCAAUACCAUGGUGGUGUAUUCUGCAACUGGCCUUCUGGCCGUGAUUCCUUUCAACGGAAUACUUUUGUCCUACUUUCAUAUUGUUUCCUCCAUACUCAACAUUUCCUCAGCUACUGGCAAGUACAAAGCCUUUUCCACGUGUGGGUCUCACCUCUCGGUGGUCUCCUUGUUCUAUGGCACAGGUCUUGGGGUCUACCUCAGUUCUGCAGUGACUUCAUCCUCUAGGACAAGUCUGGUGGCCUCAGUGAUGUACACAAUUGUCACGCCCAUGCUGAACCCCUUCAUCUACAGUCUGAGGAAUAGGGACAUGAAGGGGGCUCUAAGGAGAUUCCUCAGCAGGGUGGUGCCUCUCAGCAGUGGGGUCUCCGGAGGAGUCUUAUGGUAACUGGGUGCACAAUAUGGAGGCCCAGAAAUCUGGCUUGCUUCAUCCAAUAUCUUUAUUUUUUCCCCAGUUGUACCUGUUUUAAAGCAGUACUUUCCUGGGGUCUUCCCUGCCCUCUUGAUUUUUCUUCAGGCUAUAUCUUGAGUUCCCUUUUUCACUUUAUAACCACUCAUUUUAACUUGGUGUGAACAGAACCUGAUAUUUUCUCAGUUAUAUUUGGUAAUGGUUUGGAUUUCUUUAAAAAAAUGAAUCAAAUCUCAUGUAUUUAAUAUCUAUCCUCAGAGGGAUGGGAUGUGUGCCUAUUUUGGAAAUGUCCUGAAAACUCAUUUACAGAGAUGUUUUCUCAGGUCACGUGAAUAAAAUGAACCCAAAGAUUUGAUCCCCUCCACGUUUUUUUCCUGAUCUACUUUCCUUCCAGUCCCAUCAACGUUAUUAAAUUUCUCAACUUGUCCACUCUACAGAUUUCUUGAGUUUCAGAACUGUCUCUUACCUAUCUUUACAGUGCCUGGUAUAGCUCUAAUGACGGAGUUUUAAAUCCAAACCCUACACUGAGGUUUAUUAAGUUUUCCUUAAUAUUAUAAUUUCACUUCAUUGGAUUGUUACAAAGUUUAGCACAUUUUCAAGUUUGUAUAUUUAUUUGCAUGUUUUCUUCCUAUAUUUUUGGUUUGCAUCUUUAGACCAUUUCUCAGGUAUUUUUAUUCUAAUUGGGUUAAACUAAUUUUUUAUAUGUCUACACUUUAUGCUUUGUAAUAUCCAACGUGUUCUAAAUAUUUUCCCUAGUUUUACACUUGUUUGUAAAUUUUCUUUAUUGUUGGACCUACAGACUUCAAGGCACUGGAAUCCAUUGAUUAUGUUCUCAGUUCUUUGCUUUUUCUUCCAUCUGGUUUACGCUCAGAGGAUUAACCUAAUCUUUCUUCUAGAUGUCCACUGCUAUGUUUUUUCUACAAGUUCACUUUAUUCAUUUUGCUUUUCUACAUGUUCACUCUCUUUAUGCCAACAAGCGGUUGUCAUUAAGAUAGAAAUUUAAUGUUAUUUUGCUUCUAACUAAUAACAAAUUGUCCAAGCACCUCUUAUUUCAAAAGCCUUGCUUCCCUCAUUGGUUUUUUUUAUUCCACUUUUAUAAUAUGCCAGAUUUUAUGGGUCGCCUGGGUGGCUCAGUAGGCUAAGC